AUGGCAAGCUACCGCUUCCUCGUCCAGAAGCUGUCCGGAUUCUUCGCGGGCUGUCAGUUCCUCCACGUCCCGCGCGUAGAAAAUGAGGCGGCCGACACACUCGCCAAGAUCACCUCGUCCCGGCAGUCCAUUCCGUCCGGCAUCUCCCUCGAGCACCUGCACAAGCCAUCCGUCAAGCCGUCUCGGGACUCCGAGUCCAUCCACGUCCCAGGCGACCCGGCCGCGCCUCGACCCGGCCCGGGGACUGCUCCACCCGACCCGGCUGCGCCACAACCCGGCCCGGGGACGGUCGAACCCGCCCCGGUGGCUGCGGAACCCGGCUCGGGGGCUGCCGCCCCAGAACCCAAAAAGGUGGCCGUCUUCGCCGUGGCGACGGCACCAUCCUGGGCACUGCCCAUCUCGGAGUUCCUGGAGAAUGGGGUCCUUCCCAUGGACGAGAUCGAAGCCCGGCAGGUGCAGCACAGGGCGUCCGCCUACAACAUCAUCAACAACAAGCUCGUCAAGCGCAGCUCCACCGGCGUAUUCCAAUGCUGCGUCGAGCAAGACAUGGGCAUUGAGAUCCUCCUCGACAUACACCAGGGCGAGUGCAGGCACCACGCCGCCUCGCGGUCCUUGGUGGCCAAGGCUUUCCGCUGUGGUUUCUACUGGCCCACGGCCCUCGAAGACGCAGAGUCACUCGUCCUCAAGUGCGAGGGAUGCCAGCGCUUCAGCAAGCGCAGCCACCAGCCGGCGUCGGCACUCCGGACCAUCCCGAUCGCCUGGCCAUUCGCGGACAUCGCGGUGCGCUACGGCAUGCCGAACAGCAUCAUCACGGACAAUGGCACCAACUUCGCCAAGGGCGCACUCGCGCAGUACUGCUCCGUCUCCGGCAUCCGCCACAACCUGGCUUCCGUCGCGCAUCCGCAGUCCAACGGCCAGGUCGAGCGGGCCAACGGCAUCAUCCUAUCUGGCAUCAAACCGCGAGUCGUCUAG